GACAGAGAGAUGAACCACACAGUGAUCACAGAGUUUGUCCUGUUAGGCCUUUCUGAUGAUCCCGACCUUCAGGUUGUGAUUUUCCUCUUUCUAUUCAUCACAUAUAUACUAAGUAUCACUGGAAACCUGGCUAUCAUCACGUUAACCCUGGUGGAUGCCCAUUUACAGACACCUAUGUAUUUCUUCCUCCGGAACUUCUCCUUCUUGGAAAUCUCAUUUACAACUGUAUGUAUCCCCAGGUUUCUGGCUGCUAUCAUCACCAGGGAUAAGACCAUUUCCUAUAACAACUGUGCAGCCCAACUCUUUUUCUUUAUCUUCAUGGGGGUGACCGAGUUUUACAUUCUGACUGCCAUGUCCUAUGACCGCUAUGUUGCCAUCUGCAAGCCCCUUCAUUACACGACCAUCAUGAGCAGGAAACUCUGCACCCUGCUUGUGCUGUGUGCCUGGCUGGGUGGGUUUCUGACCAUUUUCCCACCCCUGAUGCUUCUCCUCCAGCUGGAUUACUGUGCUUCCAAUGUCAUCGAUCACUUUGCAUGUGACUAUUUUCCCCUGUUACAACUAUCUUGCUCAGAUACACGGCUCCUCGAAGUGAUUGGUUUUUACUUUGCUUUGGUUACCUUGCUAUUCACUUUGGCAUUGGUGAUUUUAUCUUACCUGUACAUUAUCAAGACUAUUUUGAGAAUUCCAUCUGCCAGUCAGAGAAAAAAGGCUUUCUCCACCUGUUCCUCUCACAUGAUUGUUAUUUCCAUUUCUUAUGGAAGCUGCAUAUUCAUGUAUGCUAAUCCCUCUGCUAAAGAGAAGGCAUCCUUGACCAAAGGAGUAGCUAUACUUAACACCUCUGUUGCCCCCAUGCUGAACCCCUUCAUCUAUACUCUGAGGAAUCAGCAAGUGAAACAAGCCUUCAAAGACGUGGUCCACAGAGUAGUGCUUUCUGCAAACAAGUAA